UUCCUUUGCCUGCCUCUGAAGUUGAGAGUGUGUGAUCUGCUCAAUGUUUACAUGGCUGAGCAGGGAUUUAAACCUUGGUCUCCAGAGUCAUAGUUCAAUGCUCAAACUGCAAUGUUUUUCAAGGGCAACUUUCCAAGCACACAGUAGCAAACAGAACCAGAACAGAAGGAAGUUGUUUUUGAAGAUUUUUGAAAGCCCUCAAAAUUCAGGAUUAUUUUGUGUUUCAAAACACUGUGCUUAAAUGUAACAAGUUGUUCUACAUUAGUUAUGAACACUCGAUUACGAGCGUUAGGUGGGAGAAUAAAUAACAUCCGUGCAUCAGAAUUACCAAAGGAACGAAUCCGAUCUGACAUUGUUUGCAAUGUCCACCUCUUGGAUGGUUCAUUACAAAGCUUCAAAGUUAGCAAACAAGAUACUGGUCAAGUGCUGUUGGAUUUGACCUGUAAUCACCUAGGUGUAACAGAGAAGGAAUAUUUUGGGUUACAGCACUGUGAAGAGUCAGCAGUUUCACCAAGAUGGCUUGAAUCUGAUAAGCCCAUACGGAAACAACUAAAAGGAGGUUUCCCCUGCCGCCUGCAUUUUCGAGUAAGGUUUUUUAUACCUGAUCCCAACACACUGCAGCAAGAAAAAGCCAGACAUUUAUUCUUCUUGCAGUUGAAGGCUGAUAUUUUGGAAGGAAGGUUGUUAUGCCCUGUAAAUUCAGCUGUGGUACUUGCAUCAUAUGCAGUUCAGUCUCAACUUGGAGACUGCAGUGCUUCCAUCCAUCUUCCGGGAUAUCUUUCAAAUUAUUGCUUUAUACCAGAACAAAAUAAAGACUUUUCAACCAAAGUAGAAUCUUUACAUGAACAGCACAGUGGCCUUAAACAGUCAGAAGCGGAGUCCUGCUACAUUAACAUAGCAAGAACACUUGAAUUCUAUGGAGUAGAAUUACACAGUGGUAGAGAUUUGCAUAAUCUUGAUCUUAUGAUUGGAAUUGCUUCAGGAGGUAUUGCUGUAUAUAGAAAACUCAUCUGUACAAGCUUCUAUCCAUGGGUGAAUAUAAUAAAAAUUUCUUUUAAACGAAAGAAAUUUUUUAUUCAACAGCGUCAAAAACACAAUGAAUCCAGGGAACACAUAGUUACCUUCAAUAUGUUGAACUAUCGAGCAUGCAAAAACCUGUGGAAAUCUUGUGUAGAGCUUCACACAUUUUUCCAGGCAAAGAAGAUGCUACCUCAUGAAAAGAAGCUACAACCCCAUUUUUGGACUAUGGGUGCUAGGACACCAACCAAAACUAAUAAUCAGUGUUGCAGAAAAGUAAUAGGCGGCAUGAUUUGGAACCCAGCUAUGAGGAGAUCAUUAUCUGUUGAACACCUGGAAACAAAAAGCCUUCCUUCUCGAUCUCCUCCAGUUACCCCAAACUGGAGAAGUCCUAGAAUGCGCCAUGAGAUUCGUAAACCACGACACUCAUCUGUAGAUAACCUUGCAAAUGAGAUUUCCUAUAUAACAGAAACAGAGGAUGUUUUUUACACCUAUAAGGUUUCGUCAGCUUCGAAAGACUCUGAUUCAGAAUUGUCCCAGAAUCUCUGCAGAAGGAAUGUAUUCGAAAAUAAUUCAGCACAGAACUCCUCACCUCAGAUGGUCAGUGACGUUAGCAGCCCUCAUGAGUCUUAUCCUUUGGAUGGAACAGAUAAACAAUUUUCAGAAACAAAUGAAAAUGUUACAAAAGGACUUCUAAUGGAAGAUUCCAAUCAAUACUACUUUGAUAAGAAUGAUGUUAUUGAUGGAGCCUUGCUUUUGAUACACAUCUUGCCAGAUGAAGAUGGAAAAUUUGGGUUUAAUCUGAAGGGUGGUAUUGAUCAGAAGAUACCUCUUGUUGUGUCCAGAAUAAUUCCAGGCUCUCCUUCUGAUAAAUGCAUUCCAAAAUUACUGGAAGGUGAUCAGAUAGUAUUAAUCAAUGGCCGGGACAUCUCUGAACAUACCCAUGACCAAGUAGUGAUGUUUAUAAAAGCCAGCAGAGAAUCACAUACAAGAGAGCUUGUGCUUCUGAUCAGGCGGAAAGUUGUCCAACCAUUUGUUGAAAGCAAGUCAGAGGAUGAAGCUGAUAGCCUUAACUUCACACAAACAAUUCUUCCUGCAUGUUCAGAAUAUGGUGAGACCCUAGAAGAAUCAAUGGAACAACUGAAGAAAGGGCUAGAAAGUGGAACAAUCUUAAUUCAGUUUGAGCAACUUUACAGAAAAAAGCCAGGAUUAGGUAUUACCUUUGCAAAGCUACCUCAGAAUAUGGAUAAGAAUCGGUACAAAGAUGUUCUUCCAUAUGAUAUUACCCGAGUGGUAUUACAAGGAAAGGAAGAUUAUAUAAAUGCAAAUUAUGUGAAUAUGGAAAUUUCUUCCACUGGCAUUGUCAACAAAUAUAUUGCCACUCAAGGCCCUCUUCCACACACCUGUGUGCAUUUCUGGCAAGCGGUUUGGGAUCACAAAUUAUCAGUAAUUAUCAUGUUGACAACUCUAACAGAACGAGGGCGGACUAAAUGUCAUCAUUAUUGGCCUGAUCCUCCUGACAUUGUGGAGUAUGGCAACUUUCGCAUCAAAUGUCGCUCUGAAGAUUGCACCAUUGCUUACGUCUUUAGAGAAAUUCUUAUUACAAAUAUUGAAACAGAGGAGGAACACACUGUUACUCAUCUUCAGUAUGUGGCAUGGCCUGAUCAUGGUGUUCCUGAUGAUUCCACAGCUUUUUUAGAAUUUGUCACCUGUAUGAGACCAAAGAGAAUAGAAAAUGAGCCAAUUCUUGUUCACUGCAGUGCUGGAAUAGGCCGGACUGGAGUAUUGGUUGCUAUGGAAACAGCUAUGUGCUUAAUUGAAAGAAACCAACCUGUUUAUCCACUGGAUAUUGUACGGAAAAUGCGAGAUCAUCGUGCUAUGAUGGUGCAAACAUCAAGUCAGUACAAAUUUGUCUGUGAAGCUAUUCUUCAUGUUUAUAAAGAAGGAAUUGUUCGUCCACUGGAUUCCAGCUAGCGUAACUGUGAAGAACACAAGUUCAUCUUUCUAAAAACACAUCAAUGAAGCCUAGAUCAUUUGCAGUUAUAAAUUAUAUCGGAGAUCAACAAGGCUGUUGGGAAGAAAAAGCAAGCUUGAACUUUGGCACUUUAAAAUUGUGUAGAAAAUGAUUGAACUCUGUAGUAUAUAUAUAGCAAACAGGUAGGCUUGCAAAGACAUGGGACAUGGAAUGUACAGUCGUGGAAAACAAGGAAAUCUUAAUAUGCCCACUGAAUGCACCUUUUAUUGCCUUAAAAUAUUUUUCAUUAGAUGGUUCUAUAAAUAUGGUGCUUACCAUGGUAAACUGGAAGAGACCAACCAGCAAUACCAGUGGAAAAGCAACGAAUUAUUGAAGAAUUGUGCCUUCUUCCAGUUGAAAGCUGAAUACUCCAUCAUAGCUCACACCAAAUUGGACUGAAUCAUCCAAUACAAGGUAGCACUGACAGUAUUUGUUAGCUGAUCAGAUAUUUUCCUGAGUUAGAAUGCCAAGGGUUGAAACACUGAUGUUGUGACUUCUAUAAAUCUACAUAGAUCACUACCAGAAGUUCAUAAACUGAGCACAGAUUGCAUGACACACAAAAAUGUAUGACUUAGGUGAGAGAUAAAAACACUUGUGUGUCUUUCCUUGGUUAUUUGUAUGUGUUCUUUGUGUCUCUGUCACUUUUCAUCUUCUGGUUUGUUGUUCAAACUAUGGAAUUAUGAUGUUUUCAAAUUCAGUUUGUAUGAUGUACUCUUCGUUUCUACUGGAGAUGGCAACUGAUUUUUGCACAUGGCUACUGAAGCUUCUUUAUUGUUAGUGUUUAACCCAAUUCUGGGGUCCUUUAUUGCCGAAACAAAUAUCCUCUUGCUGCUAAAAUGCUCAAAUGUCUAAACACUGAGGUUUUCCCCCUCUAUCAAGAGAAAGUCUGUAUACUUUAAUUUUGGACCAACCCUUCCAUUCUAUUUGCAGCAUCAUUGCUAAUGCAAUGCCACUCUCUUCUGUUUUGCUUCCAGCCACACUGAAUGCUUGUAUCACAAGCUUGGGUGUGAUCUCAGGUAUAUGUCUUUAUAUUAUCCUCCCAUUCUCAUUAUUAGCUGUAGCUGCUUCCAUUUGGAAAUAGACAUUAGUGUUGGCCUAUACCAGAAAGAAGGGCUGUCCCCACAACAGCAAAAAUUAUGGGACGUAGGAGCUGCAAGGAAUCUUCAUUGAAAGAUCUGGGGGGAAAUGGCUGUUUAGCUAGAAAGAGGAAAACUCUGGACUGGAUCUAAACUUCUAUGAAUGGAAGGUCUGGGACAGGGUUCUUCCCCAUAUCUUAUCAAAUUAUUUGGGAUCCUUUUUGCAUCUGUGUUUUCAUGGGUCUGGCAGGGCUGCCAUGGAGAGGUUGACGUGGAGAUUAUUGCCUCAGAAUCUCAAUUGCAUUCACUUAAAUUUGGAUUCAGCCUACUUGAUUUUGUCCCUCCAGAGGAGUUGUGGUUUGGAUUGCUUAUUCAAAAGUAUGUGCCACUACCUUGAAUGAGACUCAAUGCCUAGUAAGUGUGUUAAGCCUUAAUUCCUUGAUAAAUAAUUGUACCUGCAGCUUGGGGAUUUUACCUGUGUGGAUACAAACAUUUGCAUGGUGGCAAUGUAAAAGUCAAUGAUGUCAAUGGCUUAGAAGUAGCAAGUACAUGACAAAGGUAAAUUCUGAACAGACCUUUCUAUAUGGUGUGAAUGAGAUGUGGAAACAAAUUUGAGUGAAUAUAAUGUGAGAAUUAAUUGUAUAUUGAUAAUUUACUUUAAGGUAUGCUGGUCUCAGUUUCAUUUCAAAGGAGAGAAUUGAAAUAAACAACCACUGUAUGGUGUUUUAAGAUUCUGUUCUAGUGAAUUAUGCUGUGUUAAAGCAAAUGUUCCAUAAGAAUGUGUAUGUUGUACAAUUUUCGUGUGUGUCAGGAAAACUCUUUAGAAAAGUAAGAAACAUUGGUUUGGAUCCAGACAUAGUGACACAUAGAGUGGGUCCAUUGAACUAAACUAUGAUUAAUGUAGAUUUCUAUAACUCUGAAUAUGACUAAGUUUGAAUACAGUCAGUUGAGUCUAUGAGUGAUAAGCUGCUUUUUGUUUUCUUAUGUUAGUAAGUAGAACUGAACUACAGAUGUAUUAUACAGGCCAGGUGAUGGGAAUGUCUCAAGAGCCCCUUCUCGUCCUUUUUUUUUCUUAUCUGGAGUCAAAAGUGAUUUCAAAUUGAAUGUAAUAUUUCAUAAAUGCUGAUAUUAUUUGCUCUGAAAAUCUAAUCCAAUGAUUUCGUUGUUUUUAUGUUUUGUGUGUUUUAUUUUAAAGUGCUUGGUACAGUGACAGAAUGGGAGGUCUGUGUAUGCAAUUAAAAGGGUGAUGAGUUACAAUUACA